AUGGCGCCUACAAACCUUGCAAAAGUUGUGAAGCCUGGUGCAAAGGACAUCCGAAUGUUUUUCAAAGGUCCCUCAGGGCAGAAGACACCAGCUUCGACUCCUAUAUCAACGUUAGGUUCACGAAAAGGGGAUACGAUCGAAAUAAGUGACGAUGAUAGCGUGGAACAGCCCAGCAAGGCGCGCUUGGUUGACAGUGAUGAUGAACCUGUGGUCAAGAAGCGAUCCUCAAAGCCAAAGAAGGCCUCUGCUCUUUUAUCGAGCGAUGAAAGCGGUGCGCAACGCAGUUCAUACUAUUACCCCUUGAAUGACCUGGUACAGAUGAUGGGGUCAAGUCAAAAACCAUCUCGGAAAGUUUCCACCAAGUCUUUGAAAGUUGACGACAGCGACGACGACGUGCCCGUUUCAGCCGCACGUAAGCGCAAGAAGCCAACAGCACUGGUGUCCAGUGAUGAGGAGGAAUUCUCGCCCCCUAAGAAAAAGUCAGCUGUGUCGAUGAAAUCCAAGGUUGGCUCGGCGAAAAACAAGCCCACCCCGAAGGCGUCGACAAGCAAAUCAAAGCUCAAACCGAAGAAACGGGAGACGGACGACGACGAUUUCGAUAUGCAGUCACCUGGCGAUAGUCCAGAUUCUGGGUCUGAAGUUCCAGAGGAAGAGGAGGAGAAACCACGCAAGCCGGUGAAGAAGGUUGCAGCACCCAAGAAAACCGCAGAGAAACCAAAGGCGGUGGAGAAUGGAAAAGGCAAACAGAAAGAAGUUGCUGCUAAGCCGCAAAAAUUCGAUUGGGCUGCGGCGAAAGCGGCGAAGCUUGCUGGGCCAGCAGCACGUGGCUCCAAAGAGGUUCCAGAUGGCGCACCUGACUGUCUUGCUGGACUCUCCUUUGUUUUCACGGGAGAGUUGAGCAGCUUCUCUCGCGAUGAAGCCAUCGACCUUGCCAAACGAUUUGGGGGACGGGUGGUGCUACAACCGUCGAGUAAGACGGAUUACGUCGUCCUGGGGGACAAUGCGGGACCGAGCAAGAUUGCUGCCAUCAAGAAGCACAAAAUCAACACUCUCAGUGAAGACGAGUUCCUUGGGCUGAUUGCCACUCGCAAGGGCAGUGGGAAGCUCGAUGACAAGACGAAGAAGAAGAUGGAGAAGGAGCAGGCUGAGAUUAAGAAGGCGGCCAAGGAGAUGGAGAAACGAGAGCAGAAGGACCACAUCGCUGCUCAAUCAGGCAAAACUAUCGAUCCUUCGACGCAGUUGUGGACCACGCGAUAUGCGCCGCAGUCUUUGAAGGAGGUCUGCGGAAAUAAGUCCCAGGUCGAAAAGCUGCAAUUAUGGCUGCAUGACUGGCCAAACAGCUUGAAGUCUGGUUUCAAAAAGCCUGGAAAGAAUGGUAUGAACGUGUUCCGUUCUGUUCUCAUCACUGGAUCUCCCGGAAUUGGGAAGACGACCAGUGCCCAUCUCUGUGCGAAACUCGAAGGGUUUACGCCUAUCGAGCUCAACGCCAGCGAUGCUCGGAGUAAGAAGCUCGUCGAGAAUGGCAUGAACAUCAACAACAAGUCGCUUGAUGGUUAUAUAAAUGGCGCUCACGACACAAACUCUCUCGGAGUUCAAAUUACAGACAAGACGUGUCUUAUCAUGGACGAAGUCGACGGCAUGUCAGCAGGUGAUCGCGGUGGUGUUGGUGCUUUGAACGCGUUGAUCAAGAAGACCAAGAUCCCAAUCAUUUGCAUAGCGAAUGACCGACAAGCGCAAAAGUUGAAGCCGCUGGUAGCCACGACCUUCAAUUUGACCUUCCAGAAACCUCAGGUGAACUCUAUCCGUUCGAGGAUCUUGACCAUUGCCUUCAAGGAGAAGAUGAAGAUCCCAGCCAACGUUAUCGAUCAACUCAUUACUGGUACUCAAUCGGACAUCCGGCAGGUCCUCAACAUGCUGUCCACCUGGAAGCUUUCAAAUGACGCAAUGAGCUUUGACGAGGGCAAGAACCUCGCCAAGAUGAACGAGAAAUAUUCAACCAUGUCGCCCUUCGACAUCACAUCAAAAAUGCUGGGCCCUUACCUGUUCUCUCACACGGCAAGGGAGACGUUGGGCGAGAAGAUGGAAUAUUACUUCCAAGAUCACUCCUUUGUGCCACUAUUCAUCCAGGAAAACUACCUCAAAACUCAACCCGCCAAAUUGAGAAAUCUGGAAGGACCAGAGAAGAUAUUGAAAGAGCUAGAGUUGAUGGAUAAGGCGGCAUCUUCGAUAUCAGAUGGAGACUUAGUUGAUGCUUUGAUUCAUGGACCAGAGCAACAUUGGGGCUUGAUGCCCCUCCAUGCAGUCUGCUCAGCUGUCAGGCCUUCAUCGUUCCUGUACGGCACGGGAGCUCACUACGGAGGGCCUAAUUCGAUGUCGUUCCCCCAGUGGCUGGGACAGAAUUCAAAACAGACAAAACUUAACCGGCAGUUGGGCGACGUUCAGAUCCAGAUGCGACUCAAGGUUUCAGGUGAUAAACACGAAAUCCGACAAUCAUACAUCCCAGCAUUGUUCCCCCAUAUCGUGAAGCCUCUGAUGGACGUAGGAGCCAGCGCGGUGGACGAAGUCAUUGAGCGCAUGGACGAAUACUAUCUCAACAAAGAAAGCUGGGACACCAUCGUAGAGCUGGGUGUGGACACUCAUAAGGACGUCGAUGUGUUGAAGAAGAUUACCACUGCCACUAAGAGCAAUUUCACGAAAAAGUACAAUGCCAUGGAGCACCCUAUACCCUUCCACAAGGCUCAAGACCUAGGAAAGGUGCCCAAGAAACUUGCAGGUGGUCCUGCCCCCGAUAUCGAAGAGGCUUAUGAGGUUCGAUAUCUUGAGCAAUGGAUCCAUACCACGAUACUAACGUAG